CACAAAGAAUAAAGAUGGCCGAUGGCGUGUCGUUUCUCAAGUCGAUGUUGUGAAAUUUUUUGGAGGAAUUCUUCAUUUUCUUAACUACGUGACGAUAGUGACGACGAGUAGUUUGACCGUGUUGUAUAUUUGCCAAUAUUUUACUUUUUGUAAAGUAUGGCAGUCUCAAAAUCUACCAAUACGUAUAAUCGACAGAAUUGGGAAGACUCUGAUUUUCCUAUACUUUGUCAAACAUGCCUCGGAGAUAACCCCUAUAUACGAAUGACAAAAGAGAAGUACGGAAAAGAAUGUAAAAUAUGUGCUCGACCCUUCACCGUUUUCCGUUGGUGCCCCGGAUCAAGGAUGCGCUUCAAAAAGACUGAGAUUUGCCAAACAUGUUCCAAACUGAAAAAUGUUUGCCAGACUUGUCUUCUAGACUUAGAAUACGGCUUGCCAAUCCAAGUCAGAGAUGCGGCCCUUAAAAUCCAGGACGAUCUGCCGAGGAAUGAAGUGAAUAAGGAGUACUAUAUUCAGAAUUUGGAUAGCCAAAUGUCUAAGUUUGAUUCGACACAGCCGAGCAAUUCUGCUUUGAAAUCAAAGGGUGCUUCCGACUUGUUGUUGCGUUUAGCUCGUACUGCGCCAUAUUAUAAGCGGAAUAGACCACAUGUGUGUUCAUUCUGGGUGAAAGGGGAGUGUAGGAGAGGCGAAGAGUGUCCAUACAGGCACGAAAAGCCUACCGACCCUGAUGACCCAUUGGCUGAUCAAAACAUCAAGGACAGGUACUAUGGCGUCAAUGACCCUGUGGCUGAGAAGCUGAUGCGCUGUGCUGCGGCCAUGCCUGCUCUUCCACCUCCUGAGGAUGUGACAGUCAGCACCUUGUACAUCGGAAACUUGCCUGAUAAUAUUACUGAAGAAGAACUGAGAGGACAUUUCUACCAAUAUGGUGAAAUAAGGUCAUUAACCUUGGUACCUCGAGCGCAGUGUGCAUUCGUACAGUACACAACCAGAAGUGCUGCCGAACAUGCGGCCGAGAAGACUUUCAACCGUCUUGUCAUUGGUGGCAAGAGGCUCACUAUCAAGUGGGGCAAAUCUCAAGGUCGCCAAGGAAUAAACGAGAAGAAUGAUCCCGCUCCUGCGUUAGAGCCGGUGCCUGGUCUGCCCGGCACCCUGCCGCCACCACCGGCGUUCUUGCAUCCAUUCCCACCACAGAUGCCGCCGCCAAACCGCGCGAAUGACUUCUUCAACCUCCAGCACUACGGCGGCUGGGGGUGGGCUCCGCCCCCGCCCGCGCCUGCGCCGCCGCCCCCCGCGCCGCUGCACUACCCCAGCCAGGACCCCGCGCGCCUCGGACACGCGCACGCCAAUACGCCGCAGACGUAGUGACGUCAUAAUACUAGUAUAACGCCUUUAGGUUAGUGCACAGUUGAAAAAUGCGACUACUGUAGCCCGACAUAAUGUGUACCUUAUGGCGAUCAUCAAUCCUUCAGAACUAGUUCAAACUAUUAGUAGGGGAGCCCAGAGUGCUAUUCGUGUAGGUACUUGAGCG